CCCGCUGAUCACGAAGUUCUAGUCAGCUGCGGUAAAUCAUUCGUGUUGGUGAAAAACGAGCUGUAAGAAACAAAUUGACGGCUUCCAAAUUGUAGCUGCGAGUAGUUAAAAAUGGCGAGGUACCUGAGACCGCCUAAUACAUCUCUCUUCGUUAGAAACAUCGCCGACGAGUCCAGGCCAGAGGAUUUACGACGUGAGUUUGGUCGUUAUGGACCUAUUGUAGAUGUCUACAUUCCACUUGACUUCUAUACACGGCGGACAAGAGGAUUUGCUUACAUUCAGUUUGAAGAUGUGCGAGAUGCAGAGGACGCUCUUCACAACCUGGACCGUAAAUGGGUUUGUGGGCGUCAGAUCGAGAUCCAGUUUGCCCAGGGAGACAGAAAGACCCCUAGCCAGAUGAAAUCCAAGGAGCGCCACUCCCCCCGCAGUUUCUCCCGCUAUGACGAUGAUCGGGAUAGCCGCCGAAGACGGUCCCGGAGCCGCAGCUAUGAUCGACACAGGUCCCGAAGCCCCUCCUAUGAGCGCCGUCCUCGGAGGUCAGAGAGCCCCAGAGACUCCCGGUCAUACAGUCGGCACAGACGGAGCCGAAGCCAUGAAAAUGACAAGUAUAGAGGUCUUCCCCGUGACCACCAGAGGACACACCAUGAACCCGGCUCACGAAGCCACUCUGCAUCACACUCCCCUUCACCCUCCAGAUCCAGGCCUAAAGGUAAAAAGAGCCAGUCCAGGUCCCACAGCCCAGCUGAAGACUUCCACCCAGCCUCCAGCUCCCAGAAACAGCCUGUGGGAAGAUCUCCAUCCCGCUCCUACUCUAGAUCCAUGUCCCGGUCACGCUCUCGCUCCAGGUCCUGGGCUGGACGAAAGUCUGGAGGUCACUGACUAUCUGUUCCUCCAAAGCUCUAUUAAUCUGUAUUCAAGGAUGUUUUUCAGCUUUCGACUAUGAUAAUUAGAGUGCUCUGCUCUAUGUUUGCAUUUGUUAUCAUCAUAUUAUGGAGGAGACUGUUGCCAAAUGGAAGAGCGCAGCAAAAAUAUUUUUUUAGCACCGUGAAAGGUUUUUGUUCUAAAGUGAAUGAUGAAAAGCACAGUUGAUCCCUGGUUAGUUUGUCCAGGUUUUU